GUAAUAAAGUAGGUUCUCACUUGCCUUGCUUCAAUUCUCCCGCCAUUUGUGAAAAGGAAAAGAGGGAAAUAGCUCUGAACCCUAACUGGCCUAAUUCCUCGUCGAUCUGUGUUUAUUGAACUAAAUGAAGUUCAAGGCGUUUCUAACGGACAAUGGUGUCAGCCUCUUGGACAAGAGGUUCCUGCCAGCCCUUGAAAAAAUGGGAAAGAUCUGUCACCUCUAUCUUACGAGAGACCACAUAUACUUCCUUCAUAACCUCCUUAAUGGUGAUGGCAUACAAUGCAUUGCUCAAUUCCGUAAAGAAGCACUCUUUGAUGAGUAUCGCCUCUCUAGCCAAAAUGAUGAUCGGAUUUCUUUUGCUAUUGAUCUCUCUCUUCUGCAUCGUGCCCUUCAUAGCAUCAUUAGUAUUUACACUGAGUUCAGUGCCAGUGACAGUGGAGUUCCUGGUGGAAACAGCGCCCCUAACCACAUCCAAAUCAAGCUGGUAAAAAAACUCCCUCCUCAUUCUCAACAACCAAUGCCUUUUCUCACUUUUGAGACGAAAGGUUACAAGUCUGCCGUUAUUCAAGAUGUGCCCAUCUCUAAGCCGUUGUCAAGGUCUGAUGUACUUGAAUUACAAGCAGCCCUUGAUAUGGCCCAAGAUUUGCCUCAGACCCUUAUACAAGUCCCAGACAUGCACCAGUUACAGAACUUUGUGGAAAAAAUGAAAAAUGUCGGUGACGUCCUUAGUGUUUCUAUUAGCAAGUAUGGUGAUCUCCAUCUGCAAGUUUCUACUAGCCUAAUCACACUUGGUGCUGAGUUCCGGAAGCUGUCAGUUAUAGGAGAACAAGCACAAAGUCCAACAGAUGAUCAAAAUUUGAGUGCUCAGUCAAGGACAAGAAUAGCCCUUCAGAGAGGAGAUGCAAUGACAGUGCAAGUGAGUGUAAAACAUUUCUUCAAGAGUCUUCAGUGUCAUGCAGCCAAACCAGAUUGUGCUUUCUAUGGGAUCGCUCAGCAGGGUGCUUGCUUAACAGUCGUAUUUCAAUUCUUCAUCCCAGGCACACAUCAAACUGAUAAGGCAAUCAGUCUACAUUGCCGGCUCCCCGUCCUUGAUCCUGGAGCUAGUUGAUACGUUUUUAAAUUAAUAUUUGUAUUUCUUUUGCUUAGAAGUACUUUGGGCAGUUUAACCCUCCUAACUGGUCAUGUGAAGACUUGAUUAGUCAUCAGAACAUGGAUUAUAGUGUCCUUUCUGUAUAUAGUUAAAUGAAGACUUUAUUUUGUGGAUUCAACUCUUGAUGCUUCGGUAAGACA